CUGGUCCUCCCUCUGGUCUCCACAGUGGACCACCCCUACCUGGCUGUGGUUGUGUAGUUGUAGUUGUGUGUUGAUGAGCGUGUGGGUGUGUGGCGUCACUUUUGAUGGAACUUUGAGAGAUGUCGUCGUCGUCGUUGCAGCGUCGGUGGACGGCCUAUAGGGGGUGGAGCUUCCCCGCCCCGCUCUUCAUCGCCGCCCUCCUCUUCCUCACCUUAUCACCUCCGGUCUCUCAGGGAGCCAUAGACAUCCCCAAAAGCUUGCUACAACCUCCAGUCCUGACAGCGACUCCGACGUCCUUCACGGCGUUUUCUCCAGAAGACAUCUACCUGCCCUGCGAGGCCUCCGGGAACCCUCCGCCUACAUUCCGCUGGUGGAAAGACGGGGAAGUGUUUGGACCACAGAUGGAGGGAUCUGGAACGCUGAGAGCUGAAGACGAUGAACCCCUGGACUCGUACGUAGGAACUUAUCGCUGCUACGCCAAGAACACCCUGGGAACCGCCAUAACGCAAACUGUCAAGGUCAUCGUAGAGCCUCAACCCGUCCUCCUGAAGCAGCAGAAAGUCCAUAAAGGAGCUUUUGAAGGAGACAGCAUCGUCCUGUCCUGCCAUCCUCCUCAGAGCUCCACGCCGCCUCACAUCCACUGGAUGGACAAGAGGAUGGUCCACAUCAAGCAGAGCGAUCGGGUGACUGUCGGCCUCAACGGAAACUUGUAUUUUUCCAACCUGCUGACGACGGACAGCAGAGACGACUACAUCUGUAACGCUCAGUACACAGCAGCCAGAACCAUCCUACCGGAGACGGCCGUUAAACUAAACGUCUUGUCCAGUAACGCCGUCCCUCAGGCCAGGAAACCUCAUUUCUUCCUUCCUUCUGGACCUCGAAGUUCAGUUUUAGCGCUCAGAGGAAACAGUUUGACGCUGGAAUGCAUCCCUAGAGGCCUACCGACCCCUAAGGUGGAGUGGAUGAAGAAGGAUGAAUCUCUGGAGGACACCAGUGCUCAGGUGGAGAACUUUGGCCGGUGGCUGUACUUCAGCAGCGUCCAGCAGCAGGACGAUGGAGAAUACGAGUGUCGAGCGUCCAACAUCCACGGAUCGGUGGUCCACUCGUUCAGCGUGUCCGUGGAGGCUGCUCCCUACUGGGUGAAGGAACCUCAGAACCUCCGUUAUGCUCCUGGAGAAACCGUCCGUCUGGACUGUCUGGCUGAAGGCAUCCCCAAACCUGACAUCACCUGGAGCAUCAACGGGAAGCCAAUCACAGAUGUGUCCUCGGACCCUCGGCUCAGUUUUCCGUCCGGAGCGCUGGUCCUCAGAGACGUGGAGUUUUCCGAUAACGCCGUCUAUCAGUGUGAAGCGUCCAACCGUCAUGGAUCGAUUCUGAUCAACUCCUUCCUGUUUGUCGUCGAACUCCCUCCUCAGAUCCUGUCCUCUGACGGUGUCGUCUACAGAGUGAUGGAAGGAGGACACGUCCAGCUUCACUGUGAGUCCUUCGGCUCCCCGAGGCCUCACGUCACCUGGGAGGGAGAAGAUCUGGUUCCUCUGCUGUCGGAUCCUCGAGUUUCUCUUCUGACCAACGGAACCAUCGAGGUUUCCAACGUGAGCCAUGAAGACGGAGGAGUUUACAGCUGCUCCAUCAAGAACUCAAACAGCUCCAUCACCGCCAACCUGGAAGUCUACAAUCGGACCGUCAUCCACUCCGGACCUCAGGAUCUUCAGCUGCUCAGAGGAAGCGAUGCUCUGCUCGACUGUAGCUUCUACAAAGAUCCUCGACUCCACGACGUUCAGGUGGUCUGGAAGAAGAACGGACAAAAGCUACAGGAAUCCUCCCCCGACGACAAAUACACAAUCUUUGGGAACCGAACAUUGAAGCUGACCAACGUCCAAUCACACGACACCGCUGCCUACAGCUGUGAGGUCAUCACUAGCCUAGACCAUGUGAACGCUGGAGGAUCCAUCACGGUGGUUGCUCCUCCAGAUCCUCCUCAUCAUCUGAUUCUGUCCGACACGAGUGAUGACAGUCUGACUCUGAGCUGGACUCCAGGGGAGUCGCACAACAGCCCCAUCACAGGUUUCCUGGUGGAGGCCCGGGAGGAGCAGCACCAGGAGGAGGUCCGGUGGAGGUGGGAGUUCUGGGAAGAGGUUCCAGGAGACGUCCACCACCGCCAGCUGAAGCUCCACCCAUUCUGCACCUACAGCUUCAGGGUGAUCGCCAUCAACGAGCUGGGAAGGAGCUCACCGAGCCAACCGUCGGCGCGCCACAGCACGCCCCCUGCUGUUCCUUCCAGUAACCCAGUAAACGUCACCAGUGACUCCUCAGAACCUGGAACGCUGGUCAUCACCUGGGCGGAGAUGUCCAAGCAUCUCCACAAUGGUCAGGACUUCCAGUACAAGGUCUUUUGGCGGAAGGCCGACAGCAGAGACCUGCACUGGAACACCGGCCUUAUCAAGUCUCCGCCCUUCCUGGUCAACAAUGCAGGAACCUUCACACCCUUCGAGAUCAAGGUCCAGGCCGUCAACGCCCUCGGAAUAGGACCGGCACCGGAGGCCCAGAUCGGACACUCCGGAGAGGACACACCAGAAGAAUCUCCAGGUGGAGUUUCUACAUUAGUGAAGAACAGAACAGUCCUGGUGAAAUGGAACGAAGCCCAGAGGGUGAGAGGACGACUGCUGGGAUACAAGAUCUACAUCCGGAGGUUGGGUUCUCAGGACCGACGCCAUCGCCGGUCUCUGGGGAAACAUCACCUGGAGAACCAGGAGAACCGACCGGACCGAGGCCGGGACCAGGACCAGGACCGGGAUCAGGACCAGGACCUGGUCCGGGUGGAGGUGGUCUGGGGCUCCAGGACCUCUGUGGAGGUGACGGAGCUGAAGCUGUUCUCUCAGUACCAGCUGUUGGUUACAGCCUUCAACAGGAAAGGAGAGAGUCCACCGUCAAUGCCUCACCUGUUCAACACACCUGAGGGAGCUCCUGGUCCUCCUGCAUCGUUGACCUUCGACAGUCCAACAGAAAAGUCUCUGAUCCUCUACUGGACUCCUCCUCUGGAAACCAACGGCAUCCUGCUGGGAUACAUGGUUCAGUACCAGAAGGAGGUCCAGAGCAGGGACAGUGAUCUGACGACGGAGACCAUCAGCGAUCCCAACGUGAACCAAAUCCUGCUGGAGAACCUGGACUCCAGCAGCUACUACAUCCUGAAGGUGAUCGCUGAAACCAAGUCCGGAGUGGGACCUCCCAUCACCACGAGGGGCGCCACCCUGCUGGACGGAGUUCCUCCGACCAAUGUCACCGUGGUUUCCUGCAACACAUCCUUCAACCUCAGCUGGGUUCCUGGAGAGCGAGACCGGAACCAUGGCUUCCACUUCCACUACAAGAGGAAACCCGGCCCCGACCGGUUUGAGACGUCUGAGCUGGUCAACUCCACGCAGGGUUUCUAUUCGCUGACGGGCCUCCAACCAGGAAGUCAGUACCACCUGCUGAUCCGCCACGGCAACGACACCCAGUGGGAGGGCGUGGAGUGGACCAUCGGACCAGUGCCGUCGGAGAUGGCCGGAGGUUUCGCUGCUCAGGGCUGGUUGAUCGGACUCAUCAGCGCCAUCGUCCUGCUGGUUCUGAUUCUGCUGAUCCUCUGCCUCAUCAAACGCAGCAAAGGAGGCAAAUACGCAGUGAAGGACAAAGAGGACAAGGAGGUCGACUCUGAGGCUCGGCCGAUGAAAGACGAGACGUUUGGAGAGUACAGAUCUCUAGAGAGCGACGGCGACGAGAAGCGCUCCGACAGUCAGCCGUCUCUCUGCAACGAGAGCAAGCUGGGCAGCGACGACUCCCUGGCCGAGUACGGCGACAGCGUGGACAUCCAGUUCAACGAGGACGGCUCCUUCAUCGGCCAGUACAGCGGCCGUGGGCCCGUUCCCCAUGGCAACGAGAGCUCCGGCCCCGCCUCCCCCGUCAACGCCGCCCCGCCUCCCCCCAUCGCCCCGUCCAUGUCGAGCAUCCUCAACCGGCCCAGCUAGACGCCGACACACAACGACUACACAACACCACACACACAUCCACGUAGAACGGGAAGGACAGACCACCUGAUCACUGCCGGUCUCAGUACAUUCCAGCCGUUUACAGGACGUCUCGCCUUUCUACACUGAAAACACACACAGAUACAAACUCAUGAGAUCAGAUGGUCCUCCUGUUGGACGGACGGCUGCACCAGCUCACCACAAACUCCAACCACAACUUACUGCAGGUUGCACCAAAACAACACUAGUUACUGAAUGUUUCUAACAAACCUACAAUCUGCAAACUUAUACAGGAAUAAAGCAACACUUUAAAGGAGGAAAAUAUCAACUACAACUCAGAAAUCUUCAUUUUUCUUAAUUAUUCGAGGCUGAUUUUAAAUUAUUACCACUGGCUUAAACUGAAAAAACAAACUAGGUCUGAGGUUGGGAGUAAAAACAACAGUUUGAAGCACCGAAAAGACGGAAAAUAUUAUUGAAGCCCAAAGUUUUUAUUGUUUAAGGCUGAUUAUUAAUCAUCGUCACUGACUUAAAAUGAAAAAACAAUUGAUUAAAAUAACCUAAAGCGCGAAUUGUUUGAGGAAAAACACUAAAAUUAUUCUUUAUGAAUAUCAUUUGAACACACAAUGUUGUUCAGUAACUGUAUUUUUAAUUAACUGCAUUCACAUAUAUGAUUUAAAGGUUGUUUAAUCACAUUAAAUCAGCCUCUGCUAACCUGCUAAACUAGGCUAAUUAGCUUUUAGCAACCAUAGCUUAGUGUUAUACAAAAAUAAAACAACAAUUUAAAGCACUUAAAUGAUGGAAGAUGUCAUUUAAAAAUCAGAAAUCUUAAUUUUUUGCCCUUUGGAGCUAAUAGUAGAUUAUCAUCACUGACUUAAAUGAAAGAAAACUAAAAAUUGCUUUAAAUAACCUAAAACUAUUUCAGGAAAAACACAGCAACUCCAAACAAUUAGAAAUAUGUUCCUGCUCAUUUGGACAAAUAUCCGUAUUUAUUUACUUCACCUUUCAUUAAAAGUAUUUAAAUAUAACAUUUAAAGGCAGUUUGAUCAAAUAAAAUCUGGUAAAUUUCACUCAGAAUUGGCGGCCGCUAAGCUAAGCUAGGCUAGUUAGCUGUUAGCAUCAAUCACUUACCUUCUUUCUACGAAUCGAUUCGGCUGCUGCUUUAUUCGUAAUACAGGAAGUUAAAGUUGUUUUUAAAGUGCGAUAAACAAGAAUGUAGACAGAUGAAACACACCUAGCUUCAUUACUGCAGGUUUAUUUGACUGGUUUAGAGCUACAGAAAAUUAGUUUUUCUUUUAUUUUUUGGAAUAUUUGUCAUAUUUUUAAAAAUUGUGCAAAUUCUGGAGUUUAUGGGGUUAAAUAAAGCUCAUUGUGGGUUUCAGAAAAGGUUGGAAAAAUGUUGUACAUGAUAUAAAUCAUGAUAACAGAAUAUAAACUGUGUUUUCAAUUAAAUGCAUUUAAAUAUAUGAUUUAAAAGUGAUUUAAUCACAUGAAAUCUUCUGCUAACAAAACUUUUAGCUAGCCGUAACUAACCAGAGUUUCUUUAUCACAAACAAUUAUCAUCUUUAUUGUAAAAUAAUUAAAAAACUUCAAAUUUUAACUCAGUUUUGACCUCAUUUGCCUUCAGUUUUGGUUUGUUUGCGCGUUCAAGUUUACAGAUUCUUGAAAAGCUUCACUAGUGUUCGACUGGUGCGUCCAAAUCCAUGCAGUUGAAAGUAAAAAGCAGUAAAACUUGGAAGGUUUUCUGAUCAGCUGGUGCAGCUUGGCUCAGGAGAGGAAGAAAAAGGGAAUCCAUCCUUCAUCUGUGACGUCAUCUCGUACAAGCAUUUAGUUCCAUUAACUCGUUUCAAUGGUUUUUAUACAGUUCUUCAGCUCUCCUUGUUUUUUUGGGCUAUUUAUUUGUGUUUGUGUGCAUGUGUCUGGAACGAUUCUGCUAUUUAUUGACGCGUCCGGUGCAUGUCGGCCUCGAGGUGUAUUUUCUGAAUCCUUUCGUCGAUGUUUGCUGCGCGACUGCUGGUGGUUUGUUUUGUGCGAUUGUUCGAGCUCUUCGUCCCGCAGUGACGGGAGAAAUGUUGCCUUAAGAGUUGAGCCUCCUCUUCUUCCUCUUUCUGUCGGUCGGUCAUCCGUUUCCUCCUUAAAAACACUCGCUUUCCCAUCAUGCACCUGUUUGCUCAGCAGGUGAAUCUGAAGGAUCCGGAAGAGCUUUGAGAGCUGCGACUUAAUGAAACAUUAAUAUAGAAAGCGAAGAAAACUGAGAACAAAAACUACAUAAACAAUUGCUGUUGUUAAACUGACGAUAUUUUCUUCAUUUGCUCAUGUUUUAUGAGUUACAGUCCAGGUUGUGACGUUACGCUCAAAGCUCAAAACUUUAUCCUCCUUCUGAAGCGGAAAUAGCUCAACAGUAGCCGUGUUUCCAUUUAAUUAUCCAAAAAAUAUGAAGCAAAACGUUGAAAUGUCACCAAGAUAUAGGCUUUUUUCCAUUAACUGCGUUGGAGUGAACCAAUGAAGCAGCCUAGUGUCGCCUGAAGGGGGCGCUGAAAUGAGCAGAGUAGAAGAAACUUGUUUAUUGCCACUAAAAACACUCAAAGAAGAAGAAAAAGUUGCGAAAAGUUGUUCCCAUCUCCCAUGAACUGUUUCUAGAAAAAGUCAAAAGCAAGCGUAAAAGCUUUCUUUAACGCAAUAUGAGGUGAGCUUGAUGUAAACUUGGCCACCAUCCUGGACAAAUUCAUCUUCUUGUGUAGCGCUGCUCUGCUCCCAGUGCUCCUGUAACACUUGUUCACUUCCUGGAAGUUCCAGUCUAUAAUCAAGUCAAAAACCACCUAAAUCUCCUAAACUGUAUCAAACACCGACCCGUAAACUUGAAUUUACUUUUGAAGAAGUCACAGUAGAGUACCCUAGUUGUUACAGCAGAACUCCACGUCUACACAGCGACUCCAGAGGACGAAAACAACCAUCGAUGUCUUGGUUUUCCUUCUCCGGUCUUGAAGACUGCUCUUUGUUCUGUUGGUGGUAGCUGCAGACCCACAUCUGGUCGCCACGAUGCUAAAUGUUCUUAACAAAGUUGUGCAAAACAGGUCCUAAUGUUAAUAACACGAUGCUAUGUUGCCUCCUGAAGCAGGAUAGCUACUGCUAGCUAAUGUUACAAACUCGUAAUAAUGAGCCACUACAUACACAUGAGCUAGUCACAGAACUUUUCCAUCGCACCACGUGAUAAUUCGUCAUGGAAACACGGCUACUGAGGCUAGCAUUUAUUAGCUUUGAACUCGGGGCUUUCUUUAUUGAGCAGACCAGGAUUCAGUUUGUCCAUUCCACUGCUGUACCGGGUUUGGCCACCAGAUGUCGCCAUUUUUCAUGUUUUCACUGCUCCGUUUACAACCACAAACACACCACGAACACACGUGUACACACCGAUGCACACACCGAUGCACACACACACGAAGCCUGGACUCAACAUGGAGGGUCGAUCCUCGGUAGCAAAACGAACCCUCUGGAGGAGAGUCGGAGGAAGACGAGGAGCCGACCCAAACCUGAUGUUCUCUGAAUGUAAAUAGAACCUUGAGAUUGUCAUUUUUUAUUAUUUCCAUUGCUUCUUUUUAUAUAAGAUGAUCAAAUUGUAAUUUUUUUUUUGUUUCUAUGAUGAGCCGUCUCCUCUUAGGUUUCCCCUCUAGACGUUUAGAACAGACUAGAACCAUAGCAGAACCUCCCUCCCUCCACCCACCUCCCUCAUAGCGCUUAGCAGAUAAUAAGAGUUAUUGAGAAGUUAUGGCAUAAAUGUCGACGUUUAUACGCAGGUUCUCUCCUGCAGGACGUUGUUUCUGAGAGGGUUUGAUCUGGUUGCCUUCAGACAGCUGUUCUGCUAGUAGAAAAAACUAAACUGAACUCAAUAAAUGACGAAAAGAAGAGUGGAACGGUUGUGUUUAAAGUUUUAAUGUCGGAGGAGCAGAACGGGACCGAAGAGACGAUCGCUUCCUCUGAUGUCGGGUUCUUAUUGGCAGCAAAUCCCAUGAACAGACCAAAACCAGACAUUUCUGAUGUCUCACCAUCUGUUGCUUCUAUUUUCAGCUUCUGGUUCUCCGGUUCUUGUGAUUUUUCUGCAGUGAAACUAUAUAAAAAGCUGGUAUUUACAGCACAUUAAACAAUUCUAACCUGGUUGUUUUAUACUGAAACUGUCAGAAUAAACACCUAUUUUCAAAUCAUUUCUGAAACUACAACCACAUCAACUUCAGAUUUCAGCACAGGAACUACUGAGGAACAGAACAGGCUCAAACUGCGGAACACAAACUGAAAUUUGCAAAGUUUACACUCCACUUUUUCAACAAAACACAACCACAAACACAACUUAUUUGACUUUUUCUAAGUUAGGGAUCAUUUUUAAACCAUUCUCAACAGGUUUACAGUCAUUUCAAGGUAAUUUGAAGGUAUAAACUUAACAUUUCUACGUGUUCCUGUUUACAAAAUUGCCAACAACAACCUCUGCGCUUAAAAUCUAAAGUUAUUCUGAAUGUUUAAGGUGCAUUAAAGCAUUCCUGCUAGUUUUCUUGACAGUUCUCCACUCCCUACUUUCAAAUGUUGCAGAAAACCAAAGUAUUUCCACGUCAUUAUUUUGAAGGGGCACCGUUGCAGCAUCUUUGGCUUAGCUCCGCCCCCAAAUAUUGCGGUUUGGUGAAAUUAACCAGAGCACUGUUUUUUUUUUUUUUUUUUUUUUUUAUGGGAUUUAGUGACAAAAGAAAUGUAGGAUUGGGACCAUUUUUAAAUCAUUCUUGAAAGGUUUACAGUCAUUUUGCACACAUUUCAAGUCAUCUUUGACAAUUUUUUGAGUCAUUUUGGACAAUUUCUAUGUCAUUUUUACCUUUCUGUGAUCAUUUGUGACAUUUUUUUGUCAUUCCGGACACAUUUAGUCAUUUUUAGACAAGUUUUUUUUUUUUUUUAGUCAUUUGUACUUUAUUUAAAUUAUUUGGGUCUCUUUUGUCAUUUUGGACAAUAUUUUUGGUAGUUCUAAACAAAUUUGGUCAUUUCAGACAAGCUUUUGAGUCAUUUUGGACAAUUUCAAAGUUAUUUUUACUUUUUUUUCUAAAGGGGCACCGUUGCUACAUCCUGGGCUUAGCUCCGCCCCCAAAGAUUAUGAUUAAGUUGAAAGAAAUAGAAAUGAACCAAAGCAUUUUUUAAACGCUGUUUUUUGUUAUUUUCAUGGGAUUUUGUGAAAAAAAAUAGAAAAAUAUGCCAAAAAUCGGAAAGAUGUUAAAUGAAAGCAGGAAAAUGCUGACACUAUUUCUUGUUGCGGGACCAUUUUUAAACCACUAUCAACAGGUUUACAGUCAUUUGGCACGAAUUUGAAGUCAUUUCUGACAAUUUUUUGAGUCUUUUUGGACAAUUUCUAAGUCAUUUUUACCUUUUUUUAAAAUGUCUUUUCUGUCAUUCUGGACACAUUUUUUCAUUUUUAGACCAGUUUCUUAAUCAUUCAUACGUUAUUUAAACAAUUUUAGGUCUCUUUUGCCAUUUUGGACAAUGUUUUGGUGAUUCCAGACAAGUUUUGGAGUCAUUCUGGAGCAUUUUUAAAUCAUUUCGUUCACUUCCGUAGUCAUUCCGGAUCCGUUUUGUAAAGUCGGAUGAAGUUUUGGGUCAUUUUUCAUGGGAUUUAGUGUCAGAAAGGAAAAUGAACAGAGAAAGACGCAUCUUUAUGUUUUGUUAGCGGUAAUAAUCUCUUCAUUAAUUCUUUCGUCGUCUCAACCCGUUGCCUUGACGACCGUCUCCAGGCCUUGACACUGCUCCUCGACGCCGAUGCUGACUGUUUGUAUAGCCGUCUGUCUGUCUGUCUGUCUGUCUGUCUGUCUGUCUGUCUGUCUGUCCGUCGCAGCCUUCUUUUAUACAUACCAACACGUUGGGGGAAGAAAUACUAAAUAAAAAAAACACAACAUAAAAAAACUGCUAAAAAACACUAAAAAAGACAAAAAACUUUAGGUAUAAACAAUAACCAAACUGCUAACAACAACAACAGCAGCAGCAGCAGAACUACUGGGACGUCAGCAUGUCAUCGAUGAUGUAAUCAGCGAGCCAAUCAGCAGGAAGUGUUGCAGGACGGAAGUGUGCUGAUGUUGUAGCUGCUUGUUUGUUCUGUUCUGUAUCCGACAACUAACCAGACUGUCAACUAAUAAUAAACGUGGACGACGCAUAUCCUCAA